AUGGAAAAGCUUUGUGCUUCUGUGAUCACUCUUGGAUUCCUUGUUAUAUUAUUUCAGGGAGGAACUGUGACAUGUAUGAGGAGUGAAGACGGGUUAGAGGAAUGGGGAUACGUACAAGUCAGACCCAAAGCCCAUUUGUUCUGGUGGCUUUACAGAAGUCCACAUAGAGUGGAGAAUCCAUCAAAGCCAUGGCCAAUCCUUCUCUGGUUGCAGGGAGGACCAGGCUCUUCAGGAAUUGGGUUUGGAAAUUUCGGAGAAAUUGGCCCUUUGGAUGUCAAUUUGAAACCCCGAAAUUUCACUUGGUUGAGAAAAGCAGAUCUCUUGUUUGUGGACAACCCAGUUGGAACUGGGUACAGUUACGUGGAGGAUUCUAGUCUUUAUGCCAAAACAGAUGAAGAAGCAGUCAAUGAUUUGACUACAUUGUUAGCUGAAUUAUUCAACAAUGAUUUGAGCCUCCAAAAGAGUCCUCUGUUCAUUGUGGCAGAGUCUUACGGUGGCAAAUUUGCUGUCACUCUUAGAUUAUCAGCUCUAAAAGCUAUUCAUAAAGGAACAUUGAAGCUUAAACUUGGAGGAGUGAUAUUAGGAGACAGCUGGAUCUCACCAGAAGAUUUUGUAGCCUCAUGGGGUCCUCUGCUUAAAGACCUCUCGAGACUUGACGACAAUGGAUUGAAAAAAGCAAACAGUAUUGCCGAGAGGAUCAAGCAGCAACUUGAGGCUGGUCAAUUUGUUGAUGCGACAUACUCAUGGGGUGAACUUGAGAAUGAGAUUAGUGCUAGCAGCAACUCUGUGGAUUUCUAUAAUUUUCUAAAAGAUUCGACAAGUGAUUCAGAAACCUUAAAUGAAAUGGAGCUUGGAUUAUUUAAAGAAGUGGCGAUGAUGCGGUACUCCAAGUAUCUUACUUCAAAAACUUCAUCUCUACUUGGUGGUGAGGAGGACGAUCUUGAAAGAUUAUUAAAUGGUGUCAUAAAGAAUAAGUUAAAGAUCAUUCCUGAGAAUGUUACAUAUGUGGUGCAGUCUGUGGAUGCUUUCGAUAAUCUUCUAGCUGAGUUUAUGAAGCCAAAAUUUACUGAGGUUGACGAACUUCUGGCUCUUGGGGUCAAUGUGACUGUGUAUAAUGGGCAACUUGAUCUCAUUUGUGCAACCAAGGGAACUGACGCUUGGCUCAAGAAACUCAAAUGGGAAGGGCUUCAAAAUUUCUUGGGGAAAGAGAGAACCCCUCUCUACUGUGGAAAUGACAAAACCACCAAAGGCUUUUUUAAGUCACACAAAAACCUACAAUUCUAUUGGAUCCUUGGAGCUGGUCAUUUUGUACCUACUGAUCAACCCUGCGUAGCACUAGACAUGGUGGGUGCAAUUACACAGUCGCCAGCUGAGUGAAGUUAGCAUGUAUAUGCUCAAUAAAUAAAUAAA